AUGUUUUUGUUGAGUACUGCCUUGGCUCUGCUCCUGGGGAGCGGACCGGUUUCUGCUGGCUCACUCCGAGACAUCAAGCAUGUCGUGAUCUUUAUGCAAGAGAACCGGUCAUGGAAUAGUGUAACAACUAACCACGUACAGUAUUUUGGCACCAUGGCAGGCGUCCGAGGUUUCAACGACCCAAACGUGCAGGUGAACCCAGAUGGGCUACCUGUUUGGUACCAACAAGUCGACCCUGACAUGUCGAACGACACGACAACUCUUCUCCCCUGGUACCUCGGUUAUCAAGGAGGGAACUCGACAGACGCUAUCCAAUGCAUGGCGGCUGGAAACAAUGGCUACGAAGAAAGUCAAGCAUCACUCAACGGUGGUCUGAACAAUCAUUGGGCACGGAAUAACACCCCUUGGAGUUGGGGCUAUUUCAAGAGGGACGAUAUACCCAUUCAUUAUGCGAUUGCAGAGGGCUGGACGGCAGGUGAUAUGUAUCAGGAAGCUCAAAUCACUUCCACAAAUCCCAAUCGUGUCACCUUGGUCAGCGGGUCCGUCAAUGUGCCUGGUGGUCCUCAGACUCCGGACCAAGGUGGGGUUUAUAUCGAUAACACCGUAACCCCAGGCUGCGACAGCUAUAAUAUCAACUGCUAUCCUCUCAAGUGGAAAACAAUUUUCGAAAUCUAUGAGGAGGCGGGUGUCUCUUGGCAGGUCUACCAGGACAAGGACAACUUCGACGAUAAUCCCCUGGCUCGGUUCGAACAGUUCCAGAAUGCUUCAUCUUCCUCACCACUGGCAGAGAAAGGCAUGGCCUAUGUAGGACUGGACAGCUUCUACGGAGCGGCUGCGAAUGGGACCCUUCCGGAGAUCAGCUUCAUUGUCGGCCCCGCAGAGCUGUCGGAGCACCCACCUUAUAUGCCCAAAGAUGGAGCCUGGCUGCAGAAGAAGGUUGUGGAUGCCGUGACCAGUAGCCCCGAAUAUACCUCCACACUGCUUAUGAUUAGUUACGAUGAAUCCGGUGGCUAUGGAGACCAUGUGAUCCCUUUCCAUUCACCUGAAGGAACCCCUGGUGAGUGGAUGGAGGACCCAUACGGUAUUUUUGGAAAGUUAUAUGUCGGACCUGGGCUUCGCGUUCCUUUCUACAUGGUGUCUCCAUGGACCCGCGGCAACCGUGUUUUUACUGAGCGAGCGGAUCAUAACUCUCAAAUCUUGUUCCUGGAGCAAUGGCUCACGGCCAGGGGCUACAAGAAUGUGCAGACACCAGAAAUGGUUCAUUGGCGUCGGGAGCACAUGUCCAACCUUGUCAACGCAUUAGAUCUGGACCACCCCGAUACCAGUAUUCCCAAACUACCAGAGGCAGAAGAGCCCGAAAUGUCCUCAGGAUCUUACGUGGGCACUGCCAAUUGUGAAGCAACGUACACCGAGCCACGCCCUCCUGUACCCUACGGAAAGCAGAAUGUCACCGAUUCCUUGUUUUUCGAGGAAGGAUACAAGGAGUGUGUGGGCUAUUUGACUGAGGGACGGUACCUAGUCUUCGAGAAGUCUGGAUAUGCGCUUACCAACACCGGCAACACAACCCGGUUGAGCGGUACCGCAGCUCAUAAGGACCACAGUGACAAGAAACAGCGAUGGGUGGUUCAUUACUCCAGUGGCGAAGAAAGCCAGAUAUUCAAACUUUCCAGUGCUCUGGAUGGCAAGUGGCUUGGUCCACGCGGGACUCUGUUGCCAGCCGAUCGCCGUAACAAUGCUGCUGAGGUAAAGAUCACUUUCCGUGGAAAUGGCCAUGGAUAUGAUUUGCAAUAUGUCAACUCGACUACUAUCGCACUGGACGAUCAAGGGGAAGUGCGAAUGAACGCCACCAAGGGCUCCGAGGAUGGCUACAAGGUCUGGAGUGUCACUUACCACUAG